UUCUGUUUCCGGCGUGGACCCGUAGUCAUGAUGCCUGUCCGAGAGCUACGGAUCUUGCAAACUGCGGGCAGGUGGAGUCGCGGCCUUCGGGUAGUACCCCAGUCCCGAACACUUGCCGCUCUUGUGCCAGGCGUGACGCAGAUAGAUAAUCAGUCCAAUUUUCUGGGAAGGGAGCCCCAUCGUAAGCACCCUGGCAUCAUGCAUCUCCCGCACGUGCGGCUGCCGCCAGCCCUGGCUAACGCCGCGCAAUUACUGCUGCUUGAGACUACAAUGCCCAACAUCGAGAAGCAGGUGAAAGCCCUAACUAAUUAUCUCUGGAGUCGACAUUUACCAGUAGAAGCAAAAGAGUUGCAAACACGAGCACUGUAUCUUGAGAAAAAAUUCCUGGAAAAUACAGACUCACCCCUGACAGAGGAGAAACUUCACCGAGCAGUAUUACAGACCCUGCGCAAAACUACAUACCACUGGCAAAAACUGAACUACAAUGAGGAACUGAGCCUGGUAUAUAUGGCAGCAAGACUGGAUGGUGGCUUUGCAGCAGUCUCCAGAGCAUUCCAUGAGAUCCGGGCUCGAAUUCCAGAGUUCCAGCCACAGACUUUGAUGGACUUUGGCUCUGGUACUGGAACUGUUACAUGGGCUGCUCACAAUACUUGGGGCCACAGCCUUCGUGAAUAUGUGUGUGUGGACAACUCUGCUGCCAUGUUGCGUUUGGCAGAAAAGUUACUAAGAGGUGGUUCAGAAGCAAAUGAGCCUUCUGUUCCAGGUGUUUUUUUCAGACAGUUUCUACCUGUAUCACCCAAGGUCCAGUUUGAUGUGGUGGUAUCAGCCUUUGCCCUAAGUGAACUACCCAGCAAGGCUGACUGCACUGAGGUACUUAAGACCUUGUGGCGUAAGACAAACCAUUUUCUGGUAUUGGUGGAAAAUGGAACAAAAGCUGGGCACCGACUUCUCAUGGAUGCCAGGGACCUGAUCCUUCAGGGAACAGAGAAAUCACCUUCAAAGCCCCAACCUAGCUUUGUCUUUGCCCCCUGUCCCCAUGAACUUCCUUGUCCUCAGUUGACAGCUUCUAAGCCUCUGGCCUGUAGCUUCUCCCAGGCUUACCAUCCUAUUCCCUUCAGCUGGAAUAAGAAGCCAAAGGAGGAAUUAUUCUCUAUGGUGAUCCUGGCCAGAGGCUCUCCAGAGGAGGCAAAUCGCUGGCCCCGUAUCACUCAGCCUGUCCUUAAACGGCCUCGCCAUGUGCAUUGUCACCUGUGCUGUUCAAAUGGGCGUAUGCAUCAUGCUGUCUUCACAGCCCGCCGCCAUGGCAGAGAUUUGUAUCGAUGUGCCCGCGUCAGCUCCUGGGGAGAUCGUUUGCCUGUGAUCACACCGUCUGAGUUUCCCGUCCCCAGAGAAGACCCUCCUGAAUGCUGACAUGUAUGAGUAACAAGGAUUUCUGUCCAUUGCCCUGCCAAGGCUGAAGCUACCUGGUCUCUAGGAAGAUGUUUGUGGGGUUUUGUUUUGUUGGUGGUGUUUGUUUUUUAAAAUACUACUAAAUGCAGGUUUUUUAAAUAAAAUUUUUAAAGAAUGGAAA